CUUCCUCGGGGAUUCGGCCACUCCGGGCAUCGCGGCGGCCUCUCUAGCCGCUCUCCCGAGGUUUGGCCUCGCGCUUUCGGCUGCGAGCUGUCUGUGGUGCUGGCAGCGACAUGUGGCGCCUCCCGGGACUCCUGGGCCGAGCUCUUCCCCGUACACUGGGACCUAGCCUCUGGAGAGUGACUCCUAAGUCCACCAGCCCAGAUGGGCCUCAGACUACCUCCUCCACUUUGCUGGUUCCUGUGCCUAACCUUGACAGGUCAGGUCCCCAUGGCCCAGGCACGAGCGGGGGUCCAAGGUCCCAUGGAUGGAAGGAUGCCUUCCAGUGGAUGUCUUCCCGUGUCUCCCCGAAUACCCUAUGGGAUGCCAUAUCUUGGGGCACUCUGGCCGUGCUGGCCCUGCAGCUGGCAAGGCAAAUCCACUUCCAGGCAUCCCUGCCAGCAGGACCUCAGCGGGUAGAACACUGCUCCUGGCACAGUCCCCUGGACCGUUUCCUCUCAUCUCCCUUGUGGCACCCAUGCUCCUCACUGCGACAACACAUCCUCCCCAGCCCUGAUGGCCCAGCUCCCAGGCACACUGGCCUUAGGGAACCCAGGCUUGGCCAGGAAGAAGCCUCAGCUCAGCCCCGGAACUUCUCACACAACUCUUUGAGAGCAGCUCAUCCUCAGGACCCCUCUGAGGAAGGUCCCAGUGAUUUUGGCUUCCUGCAUGCCAGUAGUAGCAUCGAGUCCAAGGCAAAACCAGCCCAGCCUCAGCCCACUGGUGAAAAGGAACAAGAUAAAUCAAAAACUCUUUCCCUUGAGGAGGCUGUGACUUCCGUUCAGCAGCUCUUCCAGCUCAGUGUUUCCAUCGCUUUCAACUUCCUGGGAACAGAGAACGUGAAGAGUGGCGACCACACAGCAGCCUUUUCUUGCUUCCAGAAAGCUGCAGCCAGCGGCUACAGCAAAGCACAGUACAAUGCGGGCUUGUGUCAUGAGCAUGGCAGAGGCACCCCCAGGGACAUUAGCAAGGCAGUCCUUUAUUAUCAGUUGGCUGCCAGCCAGGGCCACAGCCUGGCUCAGUACCGCUAUGCCAGGUGCCUACUACGAGACCCAGCCUCUUCGUGGAACCCUGAGCAGCAGAGGGCAGUGGCCAUGCUGAAGCAGGCUGCAGACUCAGGCUUGAGAGAGGCCCAAGCUUUCCUCGGGGUGCUUUUCACCAAGGAGCCCUACCUGGAUGAGCAGAGAGCUGUGAAAUAUCUUUGGCUUGCAGCCAACAAUGGGGACUCACAGAGCAGGUACCACCUUGGAAUUUGCUAUGAGAAAGGCCUUGGUGUGCAGAGGAAUCUGGGAGAGGCCUUGAGAUGUUACCGGCAGUCAGCUGCUCUGGGAAAUGAGGCUGCCCAGGAGAGGCUGCGAGCCCUCUUUUCCAUGGAGGCUGCAGCCCCGGGGCACAGCGACCUGACAGUUACAGGACUGAAGUCUUUCUCCAGCCCCUCCCUCUGCAGCUUGAACACCCUGCUAGCAGGAACCUCACGCCUACCACACGCCUCGAGCACAGGGAACCUUGGCCUCCUCUGCAGAAGUGGGCAUCUCGGAGCCAGCCUGGAAGCCUCCAGCAGGGCUAUUCCCCCACACCCCUACCCACUGGAAAGGAGUGUUGUAAGACUAGGUUUUGGCUAAGGAAGAAGUUUCUUGCCCAAAUGCCUGGAUGUGUCUGCUUGACUUUCAGAACUUCCCACCUCAGCCCUAAAGAUAGAGCCUGUGGGUUCUCAGAGAGAUAUCACAACUUGAGUCCCGAAGAAUAGGCCAGUUACCCACCCACCUUUCCCCAAACCCUAAGCACCUGCACCAGUACAGUCAAGAAGAGGAAAGUGUGUGAAGACCCAGGUCUGGCUCUGCCACUUGCCUGGCCAUGUCACCUUGAAGCAGUGACCUGACUCCCUAUAUUGUUUCCUCAGUUGUAGACCAAAGGCAAUGGUGUCUGCCCUCCUACCUUACAAGACAAAUGCAAGGGCAUUUCACCACAGAGAGGACCUUUGUGCUCACUUUGGCCCAGGAGGCAGUGAUGCUCAUGGUUGCGUGACUUUAUGAGUCGCUGGGCCAGGAUGAGGACCUGGGCCUCCUGACUCCUGGCCCAGAGUUCUUGUCCAUCAGUUCACAAUGCAAUUUUAUGUGAAAGCGUUAUGACUGUCCUACCCAUGGGAGAGUAAAUGUAGAUUGAAUGCUAGGAGUCUUAAAGCCGGAGAGUGUAGAUUUUGAGGUCCCCGUUUGGGAAGCGUGCCAGAAAUGUCUAGGUGUUUAAUAAAACAGAUAAUGGAUUAUCUCA